AUGGAAAAUACCAUAGAACAAAAUAUCGACACAGUUAUCUUUUCACUUCUUGAAAUAAAGAAGAAAAUAAAAGAAGCACCAAAAGAAUCACCAUGUUAUGAUUGUAAUAAAUUAAAAGAAAAUUGUAAAAAAGUUGAUGAAACAAAUAGCGAAUAUUUCAAAUUAAACAAAAAAUAUAUAGCUUUAAAAGAAAAAUACGAGCCGACCGAUUAA